AUGCUGGAUUUGUUUGGGUUCUGUGAUCUCCUCGUACAGCGCACUGUUGAACGUUUGGGUCUCCGACUUGACUCUACUGUUGCAUCUGACUCUGCUGGAAUCGAGGGAGCCGACAGAUUGGCGACUUUCGGCCAUGCUAUGUCCUUUGAACCCAUGACGUCUAUGCUUAGGAACUUUGCUAGUUCGUUCCGAGGUGAGUCAGCUGUUUUCCUUUUGAAACUUUUGAUCGUAACCCUAAACUGGUGUUUUUCCAUGAAAAUCUUAUUUUAG